UCCCAUCACUCUCACCACCACUCCGCCUUUCUCUCUCCAACACUUCCCUGCUUAUCCUGCGCACCCAUCACCACCACCACCAUCAUCACCCCCACCUCCGCCUCCAUGUCUCAACUCCCAUGCGACGGAGAUGGAGUAUGUAUGCGUUGCAAAACAAAACCAAUAUCAGAACUCGAAACCCUAGUCUGUAAAACAUGCGUCACACCAUGGCACGUCAGUUGCUUAACAACACCACCAGAAUCAUUAUCUUCUACUCUGAAAUGGGAUUGUCCAGAUUGUUCGAUGAUUUCUGAUGAUUCGGUUCCUGUUGUUGAUGCAUCGAGUUCUUCUAAUGAACUGGUGAGUUUGAUUCGUAAGAUUGAAGGUGAUACUACACUUACGGAUCAAGAGAAAGCUAAGAAACGACAACAACUGUUGUCUGGAUCAUUGAAAUCUUCAGAUCUUGAUGAUGAUGAGAUGAAGAAGAAAAGUGGUGGUAGGAAUGAUAUGAUGAAGAUUCUGGAUGAUAAACUUAACUGUUCCUUUUGCAUGCAGUUACCUGAUAGACCUGUUACUACUCCUUGCGGUCACAAUUUCUGUUUAAAAUGUUUUGAGAAAUGGGUGAGGGCGAAGCAAGUAAGGAAACCAGAGUGUCCCCGGUGUCGCACUGAGAUUCCUAAGAGCAUGCUAACUAAUCCAAGGAUUAACUCAGCCCUUGCUGUUGCAAUUCGUAUGGCAAAGGUAGCACGGAAUAGCGGUUCAGUGGCAGGUCCAGUGAAAGUCUAUCAUGUUGUUCAGAACCAGAGUAGACCAGAUGAAGCAUUUACAACAGAGCGGGCAAAGAAAACUGGGAAGGCUAAUGCUUGCAGUGGGAAGAUCUUUGUUACUAUCCCGGCUGACCACUUUGGACCCAUACUUGCUGAGAAUGAUCCUAGGAGGAAUCAGGGGGUGUUGGUUGGGGAGUCAUGGGGAGAUAGACUGGAAUGCAGACAAUGGGGUGCCCACUUUCCUCAUGUCGCGGGAAUUGCUGGGCAGUCUAACUAUGGUGCGCAGUCUGUGGCUCUUUCAGGAGGUUACCAAGAUGAUGAGGACCAUGGAGAGUGGUUCCUCUACACAGGAAGUGGGGGAAGAGAUCUCAGUGGCAAUAAACGCACAAACAAAGAACAGUCAUUUGAUCAAAAGUUCGAGAAAUCUAAUGAAUCGCUGCGUGUUAGUUGCCGAAAAGGAUAUCCUGUACGUGUUGUGAGGUCGCAUAAAGAAAAGCGCUCAUCAUAUGCUCCAGAAACUGGGGUUCGAUAUGAUGGAGUUUAUAGAAUAGAAAAAUGUUGGCGAAAAAUUGGAAUCCAGGGCCAUAAAGUCUGUAGGUAUCUCUUUGUUCGAUGUGACAAUGAACCUGCUCCUUGGACAAGUGAUGAGCACGGAGACCGUCCCAGACCUCUACCUGUUAUUAAGGAGCUUAGCGGGGCAACUGAUAUUACUGAUAGAAAGGACAGUCCAUCUUGGGAUUAUGAUGAGGAAGAAAGUUGCUGGAAAUGGAAAAUACCUCCACCUCCAAGUAACAAACCCGUGCAGACAGGAAAUCCUGGAGAUACUGAAGAUUUUAAGAAAGAAAGGAAAGCAUGGAAAAAGGCACAAAAUAAGUCCCUUACAGAGCAGUAUCUGAAAGGGUUCAAAUGUCAACUUUGCCAGGAAGUGAUGACUCUUCCCCUGACAACUCCCUGUGCUCACAACUUUUGCAAGCCUUGCUUAGAGAAUGCUUUUGCUGGUAAGACUUUUGUUAGAGAGAGGUCUUCUCAUGGGAGGACACUUAGAGCACAAAAAUCAAUAAUGAAGUGUCCGUCAUGCCCGACAGACUUAUCUGAGUUCCUUCAAAACCCUCAGGUUAAUAGAGAGCUGAUGGGUGUCAUAGAAGAUCUUCAACGCAAGGCCAAGGAGGAAAAUGAUGAGGGCCCAAGUGAAGAGUUAGAUGAGCCUGAAAAUAUGGUUGAAGCCGCUGAAGAAGGGAGUGUCAAUUCUGACUUGGUGGAAGGUAAUCCAGAGACCGAGGGUGAGCCUAAGCAGAUGAACAAGCGCUUAAAGACUGAAGCUUCAGAUUUAUCUGGAAAUGCAGAUGGGUCUGAGUUCAAGGAUGGCGAAUCUGUAGUGGAGGAGAUGAAACUUGAUGUCACAGAUGGAAACAAUGUUGUAGAAAGUAGGGCAGCAGGAGAAACUAUUGCAGCUGAAACCAAGCUUAAAAAGGUACCAGCAAAAAGAGUUAGCAAGAAGAAAGCUGAGGUUGAGCCUAUGCAGAUGAACAAGCGCUUAAAUACUGAAGCUUCAGAUUUAUCCAGAAAUGUAGAUGGGUCUGAGUUCAAGAGUGGCGAAUCUGCAGUGGAAGAGAUGAAACAUGAUGUGGCAAAUGGAAACAAUGUUGUGGAAAAUAGUGCAGCAGAAGAAACUAUUGCAGCUGAAACUAAGCUUAAAAAGGUACCAAAGAAAAGAGUUAGCAAGAAGAAAGCUGAGGAGACAGCAGUUGCCGUUGUUGUGAGCGAUGGAAAUGAUUCACCAUCUAGCCCUCUUCAAAUUGGUUCAGAUGACAACAUUGAAUGAUGUUGGUGGUAAGAAAUUCUAUUUACACACUGAUAUAUGGUGUUUUGUUUAUUGGUAAACGGAAAUUAGGGUGGUAUACUUGGUAGUCUUUUGUGGAUCUUUUUUGGGAGAUUUUUUUGUGGGGGGUAUAGUUGAAAACAGGUAUAUAAUCACAUGGAUCAGGAGAAGGGGGUAUACAAGCGUAUCAAUACAGAAGAGAUAAAGAACAGUGCAAGCAGAUUUGAUCUUUCUGUUUUAUUUUGAAGUAUUUAAAUGUCUUUUAUUUCUAUGUCUGAAACUAUUUUGAAGGUUAAACUUAUUAUUUAAACCUUAAGUGGUGAAUCAGUAUAGAUUUUAUCACUGUUAUAUUUAUGUCUCUGAAUCAUGAUGUUAUUGUUAUGUCAAGUUUUCCAGAUCUUCUGAAAGUUUUCCAGA